UUGGGGGGUAAUUUGCAAAAUUUGACGGAAGCUCUUGGGGGUUCUGCUUAUUUUUGCCCUAAAAACCCUCUAGGUUUUCUAUACCUCUCUCAUUUCCCAACGCAGCAGCAGCGGCAGCUUCAUCUGUUUUUCUGCAUCGGCGUGAACAAUGGCGACGUACGCUGCGAUGAAGCCCAAUAAGCCUGGCUUGGAGGAGUCCCAAGAACAGAUCCACAAGAUAAGGAUCACCCUUUCCUCCAAGCACGUCAAAAAUCUCGAGAAGGUUUGUGGGGACUUGGUUCGUGGUGCAAAGGAUAAGAGGCUCAGGGUUAAGGGACCUGUCAGGAUGCCCACUAAGGUUCUUCACAUCACUACCAGGAAGUCCCCCUGUGGUGAAGGUACCAACACAUGGGACAGAUUUGAACUUCGUGUGCACAAGAGGGUGAUUGACCUCUACAGUUCCCCAGAUGUGGUUAAGCAGAUUACCUCUAUCACGAUUGAACCUGGUGUGGAGGUUGAGGUGACCAUUGCAGAUGCUUGAUCUGUAUCCAAAUUUUAACUGUUAUGCUUCCUAGUUUUUUUCCCUCUCUUUUUGUAUUUUGUAAGUUUUGAUUGUGGGACUGAGUUGGAUUGUUUUCUCUAGUUUUACGGUUGUAGACAUUGAUGAAUACCCGAGAAAUGUCAUCUUAAUAUAUUCUAGAGUGUUACCUAUAUUGUUUGAAAUUAUUACAAAUCAGAAAUAGUUUAUUA